AUGUUGAUACAUUCGUCCUGUGCGACUGAUACCGUAAAGGACGCACAACUUGAGCUAGCAGAUGGAGUUCCCCGCCUAUACAUCAUGCGUCUCCAAAGUAAGGGUGGGCGCCUGACGUUUCAAGAGAUGAACUACCACGCAAAAUCUUCGCAGUCGCUGGGCUCUAUUUCAGGAGCAGUGUGGUAUAUUGCAGUGGCACGUGCAACAUUUUCUGAAGCAGUUUUUCCGACGAGCAACGAUAUAAGCGUGUUUCGAGUUCCGGGUAAUGCAUUGAUCAAUCUUAAAAAAGGCACGUGGCAUGCGGGUCCAUUAUUCAAGGUUGGCAAAUGUGGAUUUUUCAGCGCUGUUUUAACUAUCCUUCAGGAAAACACGCGCGACUUCAUAAACCUUGAGCUUUCAGAUACAAAUAUCAAUGAUCGUCACAGUCACCUUUACUCAGUGGUUGAAACUAUUUGA